GAAGCGGUUAAGGACUACAGACUGCUGUGAGCAUUCUAUAUUUGUGACUGUUAUAAUUUAAGUGCGUCGAUGCAUAUCAAAGUCGUUAUUUUCGUAGAGGUUCUUAUCAUCUAAACAUAAUUCAAGUGUACUUACAUAAUUGACGCAGGUCUACUUUAUAGUUCUGUUUCUUUGUUUAACGUGGUGGUGUUUGAUAUAAGUACGGUCGAGGAAAUUGAUUCUUUAGCAAUUUGCGGUUCAAGUAAAUUUGGUUGUAGAUACUUAUGCUAUGAGCUUUCCAGUGUAAAGUGAACCACAACCUGCUAAAGAAUCAAUUUCCUCGACUGUACAUAUAUUUUGUAAAUUAUUGUAGUAACGUGGAUCCUAUGAGCCUCGACGCGGUGAGUAAGUAGCGGCACGCGUCGUCACAUGUUUUGCUGCUAAUUAAGGACCCUCGAUAUUGAAGAGGUUGUUGGUGAAACGAGUUUUUAAAAGGCUCUUUAUUCCCAUGAUAAAGAGGGUCUCAGAAUUAUUUAGGGAAUAAUAUAAACUUUGAAAAAUUAGGUAUUUUUAAUGAAUGAGAAAUGUAUUAAUGUAUUGCCUAAUAUGAUAAAAUAAUAAUAAUCAUGCCGGCAUAUACUCGACGAGGUUGCGAAUAUUUAUACAUAAAUACUCUCUUGUAAUAAAAUAUGAAUAAAAACGUUUUAGGUAAUAUAAUAACUAUUUUACGUUUGUAAAGUCGGACCAGUUAUCUCAGUCAGAUUUAGAGUGAGAUUGGCAAACCAUGGAGUCACAGGCGGUAGCCGAUAAAAAUUGCUACAUAUGAUAACAAUUAUAAAGCGAGAUAAACACUACUAUUCUGCGAUAUUGUCGAUUAGCUAGAUGUAUGUCAUAUACACAAUAAAUUACAUCUGGGUUCGUUCUUCACUUUUGUAAAAUAUUUUACCUAAGUGCUACAAGUAUCAAACCAGUUUUGCAACCAAAUAUUACGGAUGUUUAAAUUUUUAUUAGAGCGUCUUGUAUUUAUGUAAAAAAAGCAAAUUGUAUUACGUAUUUAAAUCAUAGAAUUAAAAUAACCAAUAAAACAAUGCAUGAGUGUCGUGGAACACUCGGUUAAAUUGGAACGAAGUAGGUACAUUAUUAUUGAUAAACGUAUUAUAUUAUUGAUUAAGAAAUACAAUAUCAAAAGAAAAACUUAAUCGACAAAAUAAUAAUUAUCAAAUCUGCUUACGAAGUUUCACAAUUCAGUUUAGAAAUGCGACUUACAGGCAGGGAGAACAACCAAACAUAAGAAACAUUUUCGUACAAGCUGAAACUCAUACGCUUAGCUCGUGCUGCAUACUCCCUUAGUCAAUCAAAAAUAUGAAAUUCAAGUGCAAAACAAUAUAUAAAGUAAUAUCCCUAUCUGCAUAUUAUGUCCGGGGAUCGAACCUGUUUCUAAGCGGCUGUGCCAACUGCGCCAUCUGAACUAAACUGGAGAAUCGAAAGUAGGUGAAAAUAGGCUACUUAAUCUCGAUAAAAAAAAUUAGGCAAAAGUGGGCCGUGACGGAAAAAUCUUACACUUUCUUUGCCUAGCCUCCAUCCGCCAACCUUAUCCUUAUCGAACAUAAGGAACUUUGUACCAAUAAAUUAUCUUAGCGACAUUAUUACACAAAUAAGGCUUGUGUUUAGGGGAAUUAGACAACGAUAUAUAUAAUAUAUAAAUAUUUAUAAAUACUUAAAUACUUACAUAGAAAACACCCAUGACUCAGGAACAAAUAUCCAUGCUCAUCACACGAAUAAAUGCCCUUACCAGGAUUUGAACCCGGGACCAUCAGCUUCGUAGCCAGGGUCACUACCCACUAGGCCAAACCGGUCGUCAGUGAAUACAUUGUGGUAGCAUUGUAGUAGUUUUUUUGUUAUUGCAUUCCAGUUUCGCGUUUAGAACAGUGUCGGAUGCUUAGUCAUUAGACUCAUUAGACCGUUUUUUAUUCGAAUGGUCGCUCAUAUAAUCUACUCUAAAAUACGCAUACUUAACUACUACACUGCUUAAUUUGUUAGAAAUAAUAGGCGCCAGUAAGUGUGGCUUAAUUUUUUACGGUGUCUCGAUGUCGAGUGGCGAGGGUUGCGCUGCGCGCGAGUGGCGGGCGCAAUGCCGAUUCGCGGUGACAACCGUGCCGAGCUUUGAUUUUUUCCCGCGGUCCACAAAAGAUGUGGGGUUGAACUAUCCUGGUAAUUGCUACGCUGGUGUAAUGGGACACGCUUAUCUUCGCAAUUGUUGCCGCAUUUCAAUAAUGUUUUAAUUAAGUUGUCAAGUCAUGCAUGGGUCAUGGAGAGUAGUGGUAAUUUAAAAUGUUAUCUGUACACACUACAUUGUUUACUAUAUUGUCGCGUUAAGCCUCUUGACUAGCUAAAUAAACCUAAUUACAAUUCAAAAAGUUAUAAUCAUAUAAGUAUAGGCAAUAGGUAGAGGCAUAAACUAAAAUUAUAUUUAUACGUUUACUUAUUUUUAAUGUCGAAUAGGCUCCUAUUAAUUUAAAGAUUUAUAUGUUUUACUCGUUGUUUACUUAAAUAUAGGCAAAACUACGCCGGGACCUUCAGCUGCUACUACCACUCUCGUUACUCUCGUACAACCGGCACCUGCACUUACAUUGUUGAAUUUCAGGGUAAACUAGUAGAACUGAUUGACUCCAUUACGCAUGUUGCAUUUAAUGCUACAUACUUGCAUAAAAUUAAUCAAUUAAAUAAUGUUAUCUCGUAGUAAAUAAUGUUAUUUCUGAUCAUGCAAUGAAAAUAAAGAAAAACAAUUUUGAUGCUUCGGAAUCGAGUAAACGCUGCGGACGAGUGUGAAUGGCGUUUAGUUGGCGUAGCACCGGGGUGCUCGCACCGCUCGCAGGCUCCCUCGUAUCGGGCAGUCAAUCAUUCUGCCGUUCGGUUCCGGCGCAUCACGAUCGCUAACCGGCUGGGCGGCGGCGGCGGCGGCGAUCACUGGAGUCGGCAUUAAUUUGUCACGGAUUCGGUUUAACGAGUACCGCUUUAUGGACGCUAAUGAAAAGAUCCGUUCGUCGUAAGAACCAUGAUGGUACAUAAAAUAUUGUAUUUACUCAUUAGUUACAAUAACUUAUAAAUACUCACUCCGCUAACGUAUAAAUCGAAUGAAGCACUAAAUAAAAAAAAGCACUUUACUUACAUAUUUUACAUGUAUUUACUUACAAAUUUUACAUCUGCAAUACCAUAAAACCAUUUGUAACCCAUUCUAAAAUUCAACGUGUGCCUCGUUAUGCAAAUGAACUAAAAAUAAUCUCAAUACAAACAUUAAGAUUACAAACUAUUCAUGUGCCGUGAUCCCUUUAAUCCAACCCCAAGCAAACUUUAUUGCCCGAGACAGAGUUAACAAAAUAAAUGGCUUAAAUUUCUACACCCAUAAUGAAUACAUAGGAGGGAUACUAAAUAAAUCAUUGUUAGGUUGCAUUUCGGACAAGCUACAGUCCCGGUUGGUGCAAGAUACAAGCGAGUGCUUUUUGUAUCAACUUUUAAAGGCUUAUAAAUUUUGUUAGCACUAUAACAACUAUAAUAACUUAUAUUAUAUUAUACCUAUAAUAAAAAACGAAUAUAAUAAAAUUUUACGAAACCCUUUUUAUGACAUUCAUAACUUAUCAACUUGCGAUAUGCGGUGAUGUCGUGGAAAAAUAUCAAGAAUAGGUAAUAUAUUUUUUUUAUACCAGCAUUGUUGGUAAAACAUAAGUAAAAUCCAAAGGUAUUUGUAUCUGUAAUUUUCCUUGCAUCCGACGGUAAGUAACAUAAAUUAUUCUAAUUCUACAUAUCUAUAAACCGAACAAACUAAAUUAGAGUUUUGCCAGGAUUGCAAAAGGACAUCGCUAGGUGUCAUAUUUGGCCGUAGGGAUCAUCAAAGAUAGUUUCGUCACUAUUUAGGUACUACGGUAAAUCAUAAAUCUCGAAGUAAUCGCCUGUUGAUACCUGUCGAUGAUGUGACGUAGUCGUAACGUGCAUCGUUGGUCGGGUAUCGCUUAGACAGCGGCGCGGGCGGCAGAAAGGCGCGCGGCACGCGUCACACUCCGGAAGUAGCCGGCAGCGCGUGCGCCGUCGAUUCACAUGUUCAAUGGAACGUACGGAGGCGCACUUAAAACAUUUUUAUUGUAACCAGCUAGGGGGUGGGUAUUGUUGUCAGAGAACACCCUUACUUUUUUUAAUGUGACUAUUUUUGCACCGAUAUCUGUUAGAUUUGAAUGAAACAGGGCUGAAAACUGAAAGCCAUGAUUUAUAACAAAUAUACAAUGUAUUUAUGUAAUUGUAAUGGAGAAUGGAGAGUUAUUACUUUAUAAUAAUACACUUAUUUACAUUAAUGAUAAUUCUUCAAGUUGAGAACUAUCUAAUAGUACAUUUCGAUACAAGUGCAAAAAAUAGGAAAUUCGAAACGAGUGGCGAUAAAUUAAAACACGACUGAAGGGAGUGUUUUAAAUCGACACGAGUUGCGAAUUACCUAUUCGCACAUGUAUCGUACAACAUUUUACAGUAUAUAUGGCCCUUUAAAUGUCCGGACAGUAACGUAAUAUGCUAAUUCUCGCACUAGUGCGGUAAAGUAGCACCAUAUGUACUGUAAAAACUAUUAUGAUUGUUACCAGCUUAUGUGCUUAAAGUCUAAAUAAUAAUAAAAAAACCUUACGUGUAAUAUACAAAUAUCUUUAGAUUAGAUAAGCACUCGAGCCACGGGUGGUUUAAACCAGGAUAUUCUUUAGCGUUUCCUUAUCUUUCUUGAACCGUACCUAACUAAAAAGUGUAGAAGAUGAGGAAUAAAUAUAAGUAAGAAACCCUAUAUCUAUCUAUACUGCUAUUCCGAGAAAACUAGGCCUGACACUAUUUUUCUUGUUCACGCCUGUAUUUGAGUACGACUGGUUAGAAUUAGGUUUUUGAGGUUCCUCGAAGCGUAAGUUCCAAGAAAUGAAUUUAAUCAAACUUAGGGAUUUGUCGAUUUCAAUUAACCUUGGCUCCAACACCAAUUACGUCGCUUCAGCAAAACUGGCAUGAACUGAAGUAAGUAAUAGGGGACUGAAAAUUGGUAUACAGAGUCAAUUAUACAAAAAGUUUCAUUGACUCUAUAUCGCUAACUCUGUAUCGCUAACUGUGUAUCAAAGAAUAUAAUAUUUACUAGGAGAUCCAAUUGCAUAGUUGAAUUUGUUCUCAGGAUACACGAUUCCAAUUGAAGAGAUACUAAAAAUCCUAUUCGCCGAUUUUCAACAAACUCUUUUUUUUAGCCGGAAAUCAGAUGUGUUAUAAACGGGCAUCGUUGUAUUACGGAAAUAAGACUACCUAGUGAAAAUUGCAAUUUUUGUCUUAUUACGAAAUAAAAUGUAUUUUUUGAAAAUCCAUUAAAUUAUUUCAUCUCCGAUGAGGCUGAUGCCUCGUGGAUCCUCAAAGCAAAUUUAGCGAGGCAUCUCUUAUUGUAACGUGUCCAUGUUAAUUAUACAUAAUAAACUGUACGAAUUGAUAGUCUUUCACAAUUUGGUACAGUAAAUCGGCGUAGAGUUAGCAUAAACGGACUCUAUGAAAGUUCAGUUAAGUAUAUUCAGAUCUUCACACAUAUCAGAAAUAGAACGGGAUUUACCUAAUGAUUGGAAGCAAAGCGGUGGAAGUAAUGUUGUAAAGCUGGAGUCAUUUUAUAAAUUUCUUGAAAUAACCCGAAAUUUUCCUGUACCGGUUUAGAUACUAAUCCUACCUUUAUUGUUACACCCAUGAUAGUUCACGGGUAUACUUUCUGCUAAAAAUCAACAACAUGUCAAACAUGUCAUUGAAAAGUCGGUGACAAAUAUGAUUUAGAAAAAUUGUAUUUAUUACAUUUAUUUAUUCAUAGUUUUUGUGUAUAGAUCCUAUUUUUAUUGUUUUAAUUAAUCACAAAAUCUACGUAAUGGCUAACAAAGAUUAUUAUGAACGGUGGCUUCAAAUUAAAAAGGAUUUCAAUGUAGCUUUAAUAGAAGAUGCCCGCCUGCAAGAGUUUGCUAACAACUUCCUCGGCAUCAAGCCGCAGGCUACAGCCGUGGAACUGGUGGCACGGGUAUACUGCAAAUACUGCGCCCUAUACAACAAACUAUGCGAUUCCUAUGAUCAGAUGGAACAAGUUCAAAGAAGACCUUGUAUAAAAGCAAUUAUAGAUGCUUUAACAUGUCGCAUUCUCGAAUUAAAAUGGACAUUACAAGAAGUAGAAGCGUUUGAAUAUACGUACCCCGAAAAUGCAUUACAGCAAUUGCUUUUAGUGCCUCAAGAUAUACAAAUAAUUACUCCUUAUUUUUAUCCAUUUGAGGUACGUCAACAAGAAAUGCAAUAUAUAAUUGACGAAAUUUUUGCUGGUAAUCGAUUAGGUGAUCCAGAGCCGACUCCUUCUGAAGCAGAACGUUUGGAAGAAGAAAGACAAGCAGAAGAGGAAAGAAUACGAGAGGAAAAAGAAGCAGAAAUCCAUAGAAAAUUGGCUAUGGGUGAAGACAUUUCUGAAUCAGAAGGAUCUGAACAGCUGUCUCCAGAAGAAAUCGCUGAAAGAGAAUUUCUAAGAGUAUAUAAUGGACAUUUAUGGAAUAUUCAACGUAUGGAGAGAGCACGUACGAUUACCAGAGAAAAAAUUAAAAAGUAUAAUAAAGACACUGAUUUGUAUUUGGAACUGGCUGGGUUAAAAAAGCCUGCAGCAAGAGAAUCGCUUCGUAUAAAAGCAUCCGGCUUGAUACAACAAGUAUACAGACGUUUUAUGUUGCUCAAAAGGGAGAAAACUAAAGAGAAUGAACGAAGAAGACUGCUUGGAAUGAUUAUUCCAUCUUGGUUACCUCCAUCAGCUAAACCCGAACUUGAAAAAGUAAGAAAUGUCCGACGUGAAUUUCGUAAAAAAUAUUUUCAGGAAUGGAUGGAAGCAAAUGUUAAAGAAAAAACUCAUGUUUUAAGGCUAAGGAAAGAUGAUAUUAUGGAAGACAUUUCUGCAGAAGUUAGACAAUGGUUCAGUGAAUGGUAUUAUGCAGUCCGUGUAUUUGAUGAGUAUCCAUGGCCAGAUGAAGGAGGUUCUAUUUUGGUAGUACGAGGAGAAACGUUUACAAUCCCUGAAUUUAUAGAGUGGCGAGAAGCAGAAAUAAAAAGAAAAAAAGCUGAAAGUGGCAAUCCAAAGACUCCUGAACAAAUAAAAGCCGAAAAAGCUGAAGCGAAAGCAGAAAAGAAACGAUUAGAAUUAGAAGCAAAAGAAAAAGAAAUAAAAAGACUCGAAAAUUACAGAAAAUCGCGUUUAAACCCUGAUAAUGAUCCUGGAGUAUAUAUUUCUAUUGGCAAGAACUUUUAUGGUCUACAGGAAGCCUGGAACAUAUAUCAAAACCAAUGGAAGGAUAUUGACACUCCAGAUGCUCCAUUGGAUGUUAUGAGAGGUUUUGUGAAGGAGUUCAUAACUGAAACUGCAUACCAAGACGUAAAUUUACAGCUUCGCCCUAUAGUCGACGAAAUGAUGAGGGUUGAAUUACAAUUGUUAAAAGCAUCGCUUAAAAUAGACUACGAAGAUGCCGGUGUUACAGAAAUUCCUCAAAGUAAAAAAAGAAAAAAACCGAGGAAAAAAGGUGCCCAAAAGCGCAAUAAAAUUACACCUGCGAUGAUGUUUCAAACAUUAGUUGAUGAGGGUAUUAUUCGAAAAUACCCCCGUACAACGCUUGACGAUUACUGGGGUGAUCUAAAUUACGCGGCCGCAGAUAUGAGAGCAGUUCUCUGGACUCCUUCUUUUCCACCUCCAUGUUUGGGUGACGUCAGAGAGCAAGUAAGAGUUUUAUGCCUUUUGACUUCAGGUUGCUCAUGUCCCGAUGCAGUUCGCUCGCAACUGCUUGUAGGCCCCAAAGGAAGUGGCAAAAGAACUUUGGUGUACGCCAUUGCAACCGAGACAAACUCAAUUUUGAUAGAUCUAUCGCCUACCAAUGUGUAUGAUAAAUUUCCUGGCCCUGCCCUAAAAACCAUGUUUAAGUACAUUAACGAAAUAAGUCGAAUUAUGCAGCCCACCGUAAUAUUAGUUGAUAAUGCUGACAAAGUUUUUUAUAAAGCUGUACCUAAAGAGGAUAAGUGGUUUGAUCCACAGCGGCUCUCGAAGGAUUUCUUUAAAGAGAUCGUAAAACCUUUAACGCCCUCAGACAAGAUUAUGGUUUUAGGAACCGCAUCCGAACCGUGGCUCGCAAAACCGGCCUUAUUGUCUAAAGCUUUUCCUUCGCUGAUUCUAAUACCAAGAUCUGAUUAUGGAAGCAUUUGCUUGGUUUUAAUGAAGGUUUUAAUGAAAUACCACGGGAUUUCUCGUAGCUUCAACGUGCACAGCGCGGCGCAGACGCUUCGCGGAUAUGACGUGAACUCCAUCAAACGUGCGCUGGACAAGUUACUCUCCGCAGAUCGUAUAGCCCAGCUAUACUUCAAGCCUCUUAGACCUGAAGAAAUUAUAGAUGCCGUACUAAUGGAUAGGCAAGCUAACUACGUGGACCCUUUUGACUAUGAAAUGUUCCAAGAGUGGUAUUUAUCAUACUCACCGUGGGGAACUAAAUAUAUCUACCUGAAGGAAAUGUUGGAAUCGCAAUUGGUGUACAAAUUAAAAGCGGACAAGAAGAAAAAUAAGUAAAAAAUAAAUGAACAAGUAUUUAAAAUUCUGUAUGCCCCUUUUAAAAAUAAUUUCCAUAUGAUGAUAUCUUUAUUUAUUUUAAACUUAAAAUUAACGUUCGAACCCCUUUAACAAAUUAUUAUUAUUUAUAUAAACAGGUAUACCGGUUUGUUAAAUUUAUUUGCGUGUUUAUGUUUGCAGUGCGAUGUGCAUAUUUAUGUAUGGACUGAUAUUUAUCUAACAUGGCUAUUUUUACGUUACGUACAAAUAGCCACACAUUUGACGUGCCUCUCCCCCGCAAAAAUCAGCAGACAGUUUUGUACAAAAAAUGACAGACAUGGCGUCUCCAGUCUAUAUAGAAUAAUCAAAGUUCAAAAAUGUAUUCUGCAAGUAGGCCUCUUUUACAAGUCAAUACAACAUUUCGUCAGGUGAUAAGCAAAACUCACUAAUUACUAAAAAAAUAUUAAACAAAAAUCAACCUAAUUUUAGUAGCAAUGUGGUUCAUUAUGGCUAUGAACUUGUGGUGGUAAUUAGUGAGUUUUGCUUGUCACCUGACGAUUUAUAGUAACAUUAUAAAGUGAUAUGAAAAACACAUAAUAACAUUUAUAAUUUUAUAAAAACAACAGCCAAUACCUGGGUGAACAUUACAUUAUAAUAAUAAUAAAAUUAAUAAUUACUACAA